AGUUUCAUCAGUUUGCUUUCAUAGCCUCAAGAGUUGGAACAGAUAGUACAAAUUUUUUAAAUACUUGUACAAUAACAAUGACUUUGUUGAAAAUCUGCGCUUUCUUGCUUGUUCUAGCAGUGGCCUUACAUCAAGGCACUGGCAGGACUGUUUGCGGUCCCGCUCUGGAUGCGGUGCUCAGCACUAUUUGCGUGAAUGGAUUCAACACAAAAUUCAAGAAAUCAAUGGAAUGGGAUGAUUUGGGUAGCAAUGUUGUGGAAGAUGAGCUAGUUUUCCCUUAUGCCAGGUUUCCUUUUUUGGCCGAAAUCCACGGCGGGCAGGUGAAUACGUUGGCAAAAACUCGCCGCCACCGAGACACUGUCGCAACCGGUGUUUAUGAUGAAUGUUGCAACAAGGGCUGCACAUACAGUGAAAUUUUCUCCUACUGCAAUCGGUUAAAGGGGAACUAAAUGGCUUAGGAAUGAACUUAUGAACGGAAUGAGUUUGAUGGCUUUUACAAGGUUCAAGUAUGACUCUCUCACUUUUGUAAGAAAAUUGUUAAAAAAUACUUGAUUUUCUGUUAAUAAAAAUAUUUUACUGCAUGACAAACAAGCA